CUUAGCUAAUGAAAUUGAAACGAACACUAUAAAUGUCCUGACUUCCAUACAUUAAUUGAGUUUGUGAUUUCAGUUGGAGCAAGUGCGAAAAAAUAACAACAUGAGGAAAUUGCUAGUUCUACUCCUGUCAACCAUGUUGUUAACUGUCGUUAUGGCUGCAAGUGCUAACAGUUCAAAAAAUGUUGUAACAUGUGGUCACCUAAGAUUCUCAGAUCGUUGGUCAAGAUUUCUUGAUGAAAUCUUAUACAACAUAACCACACCGGUCUUCUCUCGAGUGUUGGAGCCGUUAGCUAUGUCAAGCCCGCUCUUGAAUGGUGCAACAACAAAUGAUCUAAUUGAUUUGAUAGAAUCAGUAUUGAACAAAAAGAUCAUACCCGUGAACAAAUUUACCGAAAUUGCGAACAACGCGAUAGAUAAGCUGGUCGCAGGACUAACAGCAAGCCUUGACAAAUCACUCAAUGAGCUUAUUGGGUUUAUAAAGAAACUCUCUGUUGAAGCCAUAACAAAAGCCAUGAACACAACUUUGAAAGCGGCUCAAUCCGUUACAAAGGAUGUUGGCGAAAAAGCGAAGGAGGCACAGAAAAAUAUCGAAGAAUCAUUUGAGAAAUAUAAACCGUUUGGGUGAUGUGACCAAAAAAAAUACAUGUGGACAUCCCUUAGGUAUAAUCAGCGGUGUCGAUAUUUUACACUUAGAUUCAAAAAUGAUUUUUAUGGUUUAAAACUAAACUUAUAUACAAUAAAGAUUUUGAAUCAAAACAAA